CUCGAGACUUUAAUCUAUAUUUAAAUUAGAAUACUGCUACUAUAACAAGCAUGAAAAUUUAUUUGCAUUAUUGAGACAAGUGAGUAGUGUAGUGAAGAGAAAAACGCAUAAAAUGGAGAAACUGGUGCUCCUCGGCUUAGUGUUGCUCGCACAACAAGCUGCAUCCCAAAAUGUGAUCUACAAAUUAAGUAAAGAGGAAUUCAUCCGCAUGCCGCCCAAGUUCCACGUGGACCGCUUCUUGCGCUGCAUGGGCGGGCGCGGCGGCGUGUACUGCGCCGCAUACGCCGACGUCGUCGCCGACGCGCCGAGCGAGCUGCUCGACAUGAUGCGGGCGUACUCAGCGCACUCAGUCACGCACUACAACUAUACGAAUUUGCGAUACGGUUUGUGUCUCACGCAAGAAUGCCGGUCGUUCUACAACGGCAGUGACAACGAAGCAGAUCUCAAGACGUCGUCUGAAGCUUGCCUCAACCACUCUCUGUCUGCUGAGUAUGGUCUUAAGACUCGUGUCACAGAGGUAAACUGCUACUUCGAGGGUAAGAGCAAGUACUCGGUGGACUGGAUGGACCGGCUGGUGGCGCUGCUGCUGCUCGGAGUCCUAGCGCUCAACGUACUGGGUACUGCGUACGGUCGGCUCAGGGACCGGACAAAGCCAGCAAAUCCCAUACUAAUGGCAUUUUCUCUUAGUGAGAAUUGGAAACGACUGAAAGAGCCUCCAUCGUCGGAUCCCAAAAUGAAACAGCUCCGGCAGCUCAACGGAAUGAAGGUGAUGAGUGCGAUCCUCACAGUGCUAGGUCACGCAGCCUUGCCUCUUUUCUUUACUAUCGAAAAUACCAACUGGUUGGAAAAGGUUUAUGAUCACCCCAUGGCCAAGUUUAUGCUGCACGGGCAUCUGUUGAUGGCGACCUUUUUCCUGAUCUCGGGGCUGCUGCUCGCGUAUAACACUCAAGUGAUGGCUGAGAAAGUGACUCUUUCCUGGAACAUUCUGCCGAGGGCUAUCUUUAAUAGGUGGCUGAGGUUGACACCAAUGUGCAUGGUGUUCAUAUCAAUAACAGCCACUUUUAUGAGGUUUGCUGAUUAUGGGCCUUUUGGGCAGAUUAUAGGUCUGGAAGCGCAGGACUGCCGUGACUACUGGUUCUAUAACUUGUUCCACCUUCACAAUUUCAAUGACCACUCGCAGUGCCUCCUUCAGACCUGGUCCACGGCUUGUGACUUCCACCUGCACAUCAUAGGCCUGGUCGUGAUGGUGCUGUCGCCAAGCGCCAAGGCGCGCUGGUGGUGCCUGGGCGCGCUGUUCGCGGUCGGCCUCGCCUGGCCUGCGUACAACAUUUACACUAUGGACCUAGAUGCCACCUUGCUCGCCAGUCCCAGAGCCAUGCUUGGAUUAUUCAUCAAGGAGCCGACAUUCAACUACCUGUACAAGCGCACGUACACCAACCUGCCUUCCUUCGUGGCGGGCAUCCUGUUGGGCUACCUGAUCUACGACUGGCAGAAAAGGAACGUCUUCGCGCGCGACUUGACGAAAUACCGCUAUCUAUACUGGCUACUGCUCCCCGCGCUGGUGAUGUUGGUGUCAGCAGCCGGCGUCUACUGCCGGGACGCGCCGCGGGCCUCGCUGCCGCUGCGGCUGGCCUACGGGCCCGUCGUCCGGCCGCUGAUCGCCGCGGUCAUCGCCCUCUUCAUUCUGGGCACCAUGUUCAAAGUUGAAAAUGCGUACCGGGUCAUCCUGGAGUGGCGCGGCUGGGCACCGCUGGCGCGCGUCAACUACUGCGUGUCCGUGAGCCACGUGGCCAUCGUGCGCUACCUCCACGGCACCAGGGUCACUCUGUUCCACAUCUCGGGUCUGCACAUAAUCCACUACAUCGUAGCAGUCCUGGUGUUCACGGGAAUGGUAGCGGUGACGUUGCAUCUCACCAUAGAGGCACCCUUGUCCGAACUGAUAAGGCUGUUGUUGGACAAGAAGUCGCCCAAAGUCAGCAAUGGCACAGUUGUCAACGAGAAUGGCGCAAACGAGAAUGCAAUCAAAUAUGAUGACGUCGUAGGGUCCGAAGUCAAACCAUAUUUCAACGAAUAUAAAAAAUUAAACAGUGAAGUCAAUGAGUCUGCAAAUAGCGGCCACGUAGUGACUAAAAGUAAAAAUAUCUAGGGAGAUGGUUUAAUAAAAAAAUUAAAAAUUUACCAUACGACAUUUAGUUAAAUGAUUGUUUAAAUAUAUGGUAUCGGAACACUUCAAAUUGUUUUCUUUUUCCUCUUAUCUUAGCAUAAUAUUAUUUUGUUACGUAUGUGUUUAUUACACUACUUUUUAGUGCAUUUUUUUGUUUAAUUGAAGUUAGAAAUAC